AUGACCAACGAGCAUAUCAAAAUCAUUGCACAUUCCUAUUUAGCAAUCGGUGAACGAAUCGUGAUUUCUAUUUCUUUUGAUCAUAAGAUGUUCUAUUUUUGCAAAAGUCAAUUGAUAUUUUAUUCAAUCUUUCAGGAUGCUAUAAUAGACGAAAACUUCUGGAAAGAUAAAUCAUCCGUCGAGCAUCUUUUUGAGGUGAUUUUUGAAGCUUAUGAGGACUCUGAAUUGAAGACGUUCAUUGCUCAGAAACUGUUUAAAGUUGAUGGAAUACUAUGCGAUGAAUAUACACGGCUCGAAUUGAUACAGAACAUGACUGUGCCGUCCAUAAUUGACUAUUGCUACAAUUCCAGUGAGGAAAUGACUGGUUGGAUAAGGGACCGCUUAGUCCCAUCGGUCACCGACUGCACCGAUGUGAUUUACAAAGCUGCAUCACAUUUCAAUUGCCUGAAAAGCCGUGAUCCUCUUCACAACUGGUAUCGCCAGCCGGAAGAACUAUCGGCUCAUAUAGCUGCACGCAUCUCUAGGUUUGCUGAACAGAUGACAGAUCGCGUGAAGUGGUCAAUUCUCAUUGAGCCGGGGAAAUUCAACUGCCACUUAAUGGAAUUUACAGCCGAAUUCAAUCGCUUGGACUCGUUCUUUUCUGUAAAUGAGCUAAGUCCUGAAGAGGCUUCACAGACCGCAUUCAAUAUGAAUUACCUCACUAAAGCUCGGAGCAAGCUGAUUCCUUGUUGUGAUAUCUCUCGUGUUCGUUUGCAAGAAAACGAUUCCCCACAAGUCAACCGCGCUGAUCUCCUAGGAGAGAUAUUUGCAGGGGAACACACGACAGAAUAUACGAAAGAGCAAACAACCUACGGUACUCCAGACUUCAUUCAUGCAAACUAUGUCCGAGGUGGUCCGUUGUUGAACACAUUUAUUUGCACUCAGGCUCCUUUACAAAGCACGCAGGCUGAUUUCUGGAGAAUGGUUUACCAGGAACAAUCACACUUUAUUAUCAUGUUGUGUAGUGCUAUGGACAGACAUUCUCUGGGACCCCUAGAUCACUCUCCAUCUUCCAGUUGUGAGUACUAUUGGCCAAGGUCAGUGGGUGAUUCGCAAAGAUAUGGUUCAUUCAUAGUGCGCAACGUUCGACUUGACUGUACCAUGGAUCCCUUAUUCAACGUCACUUAUUUGAAUUUGCAGGAAGUACAUCCAGUAGAUAAGGAAAGCGAUGCAGAUGUCCUGCACGUGGAACACUGGCAAUGGGACUGGCAGAAUAUGUCCGAUGUGCACUGGCCCUUCCGUGUUUUGAGGAAAGCUCGUCUUUUAAAAACACCAACGAUAGUCCAAUGUUUGGACGGUUGCGGCCGCAGCGGUACUCUUGUGACUAUUGAAACUGUGCUUAUGCAGUUUCUUCGUGGAUCUCCACUUGACGACGACACUGUUCUUGUAUCGGCUUUAUUCGUACGUUUACAACGUCGCCUCGCCGUAUCUUCAGCACUUCAUUACUUAUUCAUUUACCGCACAGUUCUUCACUGGAUAUCUCCUUACAUUACCUCAAUAUAUCAGCGCUUUGCUCUUGGAUUGUCUUGGCCAGGAAUUGGAUUUCUGGCUAAGUAUGAGUCGAUGGUGAAAAAUUUGGCAAGGAAUACACCUCCAUAUUGA